AUGGUUGAUUUGGAUUGGAAAGCAAAGAUGGUCUCCUCAGAUAUACCCAGCAAAUCACCCAGGCUCUCCAACAAGCUCCACCACCUCUCCAUCCCCACCUCCUUCCGCGCCGCCCCUCUCCAGUCCGACAUCGCCGCCGCCUCCGACCAAGCCUGCUCCACCUACGAGCACUACCUCCGCCUCCCUGAGCUCCGCCGCCUAUGGUCCACCACCGAGUUUCCCGCCUGGAAAUCCGAGCCUGUUCUCAAGCCCGCUCUCCAAGGCUUGGAGAUCUCCUUCCGCUUCGUCUCCACCGUCGUCUCCGACCCGCGGCCGUACGCUAACCGGAGAGAGUGGCGCCGCCGCCUUGAGUCGUUGAUCACUAGUGAGGUUCAGCUCAUCGCUUUGUUGAUCGAGGACGACGAGGAGGACAGCGAGUCACGCGGCGCGGCGCCGAUCGUGGAUUUGACGACGUCCGGCGGCGCGUUGGCUCGCGACGGGAGCUUUGCCGAAUCCAGCCUGCUGCCGCGGCUCGCCGCGUGGCAAAAGUCGGAGUCGGUGGCGCAGAAGAUUCUCUACUCGAUCGAGUGCGAGAUGCGGAGCUGUCCCUACACUCUCGGCCUCGGAGAACCAAACCUCGCCGGAAAACCGAACCUCGAAUACGACGCCGUUUGCAAACCGUCGGAGCUUCAUUCCUUAAAGAAAAGCCCCUACGAUAACUACAUCGACAACCACGAGAACCAGGCGUUGUACACCACGCACCAGAUCCUCGAGUCGUGGGUGUUCGUCUGCCACGAGCUUCUCAAGCGCGUGAACCGCCGUGUGGAGAGCAACGCCGCCGAAAAAGCCGCGAGCGACUGUUACCUUAUCGAGCGCGUCUGGAAUCUUCUAGCAGAAAUCGAGGACCUCCACCUCUUGAUGGACCCGGAGGACUUCCUCCGCCUCAAGAAUCAGCUCAAAAUCAAAACCGUCGACGAUACGGAGUCGUUUUGCUUCCGAUCAAAAGGGCUGGUUCAAAUCACACAGCUUUGUAAAGACUUGAAGCACAAGGUUCCGAAGGUGCUGGGAGUCGAGGUGGACCCGAUGGGCGGGCCGAGAAUCCAGGAGGCGGCAAUGAGGCUCUACUCGGAGAAAACCGGGUCGGGUAAGAUCCAUUUGCUUCAGGCGAUGCAGAGUAUCGAGUCGGCGGUGAAGAGGUUCUACUUUUCGUAUAAGCAGGUGUUGGUGGUGUUGAUGGGGAGCUUGGAGGCGAAGGGGAACAGGGUCGUGGUGGGACCCGAGUACGGCGACGCGCUGAGUCAGAUUUAUCUGGAGCCGACGUAUUUUCCGAGCUUGGAUGCGGCGAAGACGUUUCUUGGGGACGGUUUGAGUCAUGAGAACGUGGCGGAGAGACGGACGAGGAGGAGGUAGUGGGCUGGUUGUGGAAUCGGGUUUGACCCGGACAUAUAGGAUUAUAUAUGGCUAAAAAAGGAAAGGAAAAAGGAAUUCUUUUUACUGUUUUGGUUUUUAGACUUUUGUCGAUGUAUGAUGGAAGCUUGUAAAAUAUUACAAUUCUUAUGAAAUAUAUCUGAUUUUUUCUGAUC